UAUUUCGUUAGAAAUGGAUAUACAAAGUCUGAACAAAUUGCUGUUAUUACACCGUAUUUAGGGCAAAUGCUAAAGAUAAGAGAAGCAUUGAAUAAAUCAUUUGUUGUCAUGAUAGAUGAGCGUGAUGCUGAACAGCUCGCUGAUUUUGAGGAAAAUCUUGAUGACGGCGGUGCCGGUGAAGCCACUUUGAUCAAUACUAUAAGUGUAGCAUCAAGGAAACAGUUAAAUCAACAGGUGAUCUUGCGUACAAUUGAUAAUUUUCAAGAUCCAGAAAAAAUUAGCGGAUCGAUUGGUUUUCUAAAAACCGAAAAUCGUACAAAUGUUUUACUUUCUCGAGCUAAACAUGGAAUGUACCUUAUUGGAAAUUCUAAACUUAUGUCAAAGGAAUCUGACAUGUGGAAAAAAGUAAUUGACAUCCUUGCCUUACGUAAUCAAGUUGGGUCAGGAUUUCCAAUUAUGUGUGAUCAACAUCCCGAAAAUACAAACGAAAUAACCUAUCCGAGAAAAUUUGAAGAAGUAUCUCCGGAUGGUGGAUGUUUACUUCCAUGUGGUAAAGCUUUAAAUUGUGGGCAUAUUUGUCCACAUAAAUGUCAUCCGGAUGAUCCAAAUCAUAUUUCAAUAAAAUGUACUAAACCAUGCAACCGAUUACUUAAGGAGUGUUUUCAUCCAUGUACACGGAAGUGUGGCGAAAAUUGUGGAGAAUGUCUCUUCCCAAUUGGCGAUCUUCUAUUGCCCUGUGGACAUGUUUUAAUAGAUGCAAUUUGCUUCCAGAAGAGUAUUAUAGACAAAAUUAAAUGUCGUACUAUGGUGGAUAAAAUGCUACCUAAUUGUGAACAUUCAGUUACUGUUGAGUGUCACAAAUCUGUUGAUGAUGUACCGUGUCAAAGCAUUUGUGACCAGCUUAAUCCGGAAUGUGAUCACAUGUGCGAGAAAUCUUGUCAUAAGGAUAAAGAUUGUCCGGGUUGUAAAAAUACUUGUAAUGUUAACUGUAAGCAUUCAAAAUGCAGAAAACCAUGUAGUCAUCCUUGUUCUGUGUGUGCAGAAGAAUGUGAUUGGUCAUGUAACCAUAGAGAUACUUGUGAGGUAUCUUGUGGUGUUCCUUGUAACAGAUUGCCUUGCAAUGAACAAUGUUCGAAGUUAUUGAAAUGUGGUCAUCAAUGUAUGGGAAUAUGUGGUGAAAAAUGUCCUUCCCAAAAAUAUUGUAUAAUUUGUGCAUCUGAUGAUAUCAAAAAUUCUAUUGUCGAUUUGAUUAUGCAAACAACAUUUGCAGAUGUUGAUUGGACUACUGAAAGAAUGAUUGUACUCGAGUGUGGUCAUGUCUUUACUGCAGAAACCUUAGAUAAUUUGAUGGGGAAUGUUUAUCAUAUGGAUGCCCUUGGAAAUUGGACUGGUAUAAAACCUAUCACAGAACAACCAGGGGAACUUAAAAGAUGUCCCAAUUGUCGAUCUCCUAUUAAAAAUAUUCAACGUUAUGGACGAAUAAUUAAAAAAUGUGUUCUCGACACUCAAAAUAAAAAGUUUUUGCAAAAAUAUAAUCACCAAUUGAAAACUAUUCAUACGGAUUUAGAUAAGAUUCUUAAAGUUUUGGAAGAUAAUCGAGAAAAGGUUUUGAAAGAAUUGCGAAAACCUGAUGUAAAGCAAGUAAAGGAUAACGAUAAUGACAUUAAAAACAUAUAUAUGGUAACAGAUGAAACAAUUAAUCAUACAGUUCCUGAUCUUAUUCCUCAAGAAAAACAUGAGAUGCUUGCAAAGUAUUAUUCGAUACCAGCUUAUCAUGAAGAGUUGUGGCGAAAUCAUGUAUCACGUCUUCUUUUCAAUUAUCGUUCAGUUGCUCUUAUAAUACGCGAUUCCAACAAUCCGCCCUAUAAACUCGCUUAUGAAUCUGCUGUAACAAGUUUAUUCGCAGCAAAAUCUAAAGAGAGAAUUGAUUUCGGUGACUUUAUUAACGAUAUUUCAUUACAAAUGGUUGAUGACUCUCCUGCUGCACAACAACGUAAAUUUCAAGAGACUCUAAAGGAGGUGGGAAUUUCGACACCCAAAAUUGACAGGAAAAUCUAUAUAAAAGCCUUUCUUGAAUUAAUCAAUAUUCAAAAAGCAAUGUUUCAUGAGGUAUCCAAAAUUAUUCCCGAGUUACCUACUGAGAGGACAGAACGAACCCGUCACAAUGAUCCACCCCAUAUCGUUGAGAAAAUAAUCAAUUUGCCAUAUAAAUAUCAUUGGACGAAUUUUGCCAAUUUUUUGAUAGAUUCUUUACAUAAUCACAUGGAACAUAUAAUACAAAUUGCACUAGAAUCUAAAUAUAUUCGUGAUUUUGUGACAUCUUCAUUGGAAUUGGCAGAAUUUGAAUGUAAAACUCAGAGAUUCAAAUUGAAAAAUAUUCCACCACAUGAAAUAAACCCUAAUCAGAAAAUUGAAAUAAAAAAGAAAUGUUCAGAAAUCGAAAAAAGUUGUUUAAGUAUUAAAAAUGAAACAUUGUCUUCGAUGAGUAACGUUGAACAUUUCAGAGGACAGUGCGAGGAACGUAUUACAGCAGUUAUUCGUGAAGUUAAUGAAAUUCGAAAUUUCGUAAAUAACGCAGGAAAAUUAUCAGAUGAAGAAAAAUUACAAAUACACCAGGCAAUGAGCGUAGAAUUCAGAGGUUCAGGUCAUUGGUAUCAAUGCCCUAAUGGACAUCCUUAUACGAUAGGUGAAUGUGGUAUGGCAAUGCAAACAAGCAGAUGCCCUGAUUGUGGAGCAGGUAUAGGUGGCAAUGAUCACAUAUCUCUUGAUGGAAAUGCACGUCACAUGGAAUUUGAGGGAAUGCGAUAA